AUGAAGCCAUCAAACACACUGUGCAUGCUGCUUGCGCUGCUGCUCGCUGUUGGCGCGGUGCGCGCCAUCGUGGUGCAGCUCGAGGUCCUGGUCCUCACGGCCCCAGGCUUCUCCGGAAUCGGGUUCAUGACUGAGGUGAUGCGCGGCUACGGCGUCCCCUUCACGGUGGUGCCCGUCAGCCCCAGCGCCUCCCUCGACCUCACCGACCUACUAUGGGCCCCCGACGGCUCGGCGCGUUUUGCCGGCCUCGUCAUGUACCCCAACCUUGAGGCGACCGGCUACCUGACUCAGGCGCAGGUCGAAGUACUUUGGGACUUCCAGCGCCAGACGGGCGCCCGCAGCGUCAAGUUCGGCGCCUGGCCGACGAACGUCGGCCUGGACCCGGACACCCUUUCCUGCGGCUCCAGCGAAGUGCCAAUGACAUUCACCCCAGACGCGCCGAUCGGAGCUUCGGGCGUCAACCCCGCGGCAAACCUGUCAAGCGUGGGCCUUUGGAGGUGCCCUGGCAAGGCGGCGCCGCUGACCACGUGCUCAAUGUGGGCCAGCGAUUUUGCCGAUGCCGGCCUGCACCCGGCCUGCACCCCAACGCCGAUCCUGCAGUUCGCGCCGCAACAGCCGGACGCAGCACCUCAAGUGGCGGGCGCUCUAAUCAAGUAUCAAGACGGCCGCGAGUCGCUGGCGUUUGUGUUUGACUGCUCCAGCUAUAGCACGACCUGCCUGCUGCUGGGCCACAUGUCGCUGGGCUGGAUGCUGCAGGGGCUCGUGCCCGGGGAACGGCGCGCGCUGCUGACAGUGCAGCUCGAUGACUUUUUGCUGGCCACAUACUUUGACAGCCAAUCGCCGGCCGGCAACGAGACGUCGUACCGCACUACACUCAGCGACCUGAACGCACACAUGACCUGGCAACAGGACCUGAAGACCAGGCUCCCGGAUGGCAGCGAUUUCAGGCUCGAGCUGCCGUUGAACGGCGGCGGCGUCAUCGGCGCUAAGGCAGGGGCGGCCCCCCAGCCUGUGGGGAAUGCGCUCAACGUGGAUGACCGCAGCUGCAUCGACAUGCCGGCCUACAAGGACCUCGGCUGCUACUGCUGGAACGUUGGGACCCUGGCAUGCCCGGCCGACGCCCCCGAAUGGUGCCGCAACUGCACCAAGACUGCCGUGAACUUCUCUUCCCAAUGGCAAGAUCCAGAUUUCCAGCUGGCAGAUCCUAUUGCCACCGCCCUCAAGAACAACGAGGGGGGCAUUGCUGACGCUUUCUUCUUCUCGCACCACACGUUUACGCACGAGAACCUGGACAACGCGACGAGCUUUGAUGCGGACAAGCAGCUGUCUCUGAAUGUGGAUAUGGCGGCCUUCCUCGGCCUGUCGAACCGCUCCACUUUCAGCAGCAACUGCAUGGUUACGCCCCAGAUCAGCGGCCUCCACAACGGCGACGCGCUCGCCGCCCUCGCGAGCCAAGGCGUGGGCUGCGCAGUCGGCGACGACACCUGGAGCUUCCUGGGCAAUCCCGUCAACCCCCAUCAAAUGCUCUACACGACAGUGGAAGAGCACGGUUACGACGGUUUCCAGAUUUUGCCGCGCUUUGCGACCGAGAUCUACUACAACUGCUCGACUGCCAGCCAGAAUCUCGAGCUGUACAACUCUCUGUACCGCUCCUUCUACGGCCGCGACUCGACCAUUGACGAGCUGAUGCAGCGAGAGGCGGAAAGGGUGGUGCGCGAGGGCCUGCUGGCGCUGCGCCACGACCCCCACAUGAUGCACCAAGCAAACCUGGCAAUUCUGGAUGGCUCCGGCAAGAGCCUGGCCAUGCACUGGGUCGAGGCUGUUGUGGCUGAGUUUGCCAAGUACGCCUUGUGGCCCCUCACCUCCCUCAAGCUCGACGACCUGAGGGCCUUGUUCCUGGCCAGGCAGGCGCGCGACGAGUGCGCCCUGUCGUACGCGAUUGAGGUCGGCACCAACGGCACCGUCACGGCCGUCACGGUCAAGAGCAGCGCAGAUCCAGACGGCGAUGCGCAGUGCUUUGCGCCGCUGAUUGCGGGGGGUGCAAGCAGCGUGACCAUCCCCAUGGCCAAAGGCGGCUCUGCACGGGUUGAGGUGCCGGGGCUGUCUUGGUACUCGCCGUCCUCUACGGCAUAA